ACCGCGUUGUUGACAGUGCCACCAAAAAGAGAUGUCACCUCUCCAAGACUUAGUUUGAUGGAAUGGAGUUUCGUACGAUCCUUCCUCUGCUUUUCUGCAUUAAAAACACCUUCCUCUUCUCUCUAUAAAUAACACUCAAAAUCCCAUUAUUCAUCCAUUCAUUUCCUUCUCACUCACUACCACUCAUCAACACAAAUGGCUUCCACAACUCUGUUUCUCACCCUUCUUUUCUCUGCUUAUCUAGUUGCUCUCUCUUCAGCUAACUUCAACCAAGAUUUUCAAAUCACUUGGGGAGAUGGUCGAGCCAACAUUCUCAACAAUGGUCAACUUCUCACUCUCUCCCUUGACAAGGCCUCGGGCUCUGGCUUCCAGUCUCAGAACGAGUACUUGUUUGGAAAGAUAGAUAUGCAACUCAAGCUUGUGGCUGGCAAUUCUGCUGGCACUGUCACUGCCUAUUAUUUGUCUUCAAAAGGAUCCACAUGGGAUGAGAUAGACUUUGAAUUCUUGGGGAAUUUGAGUGGUGACCCUUACACUCUUCACACCAAUGUGUUUAGCCAAGGCAAAGGCAACAGAGAACAACAAUUCCAUCUUUGGUUCGAUCCAACUGCUGAUUUCCACACCUAUUCCAUUCUUUGGAACCCCAACCGUAUCAUAUUUUCUGUGGAUGGAACUCCAAUAAGAGAAUUCAAGAACUGGGAAUCGAACGGGGUGCCAUUUCCGAAGAACCAGCCAAUGAGGAUAUACUCGAGCUUAUGGAAUGCCGACGAUUGGGCAACCAGAGGAGGGGUUGUGAAGACGGACUGGACAAAGGCUCCUUUCACUGCCUCGUACAGAAACUUCAAGGCUGAGGCCUGCGUUUGGUCGGCGGGAGGAUCUUCUUGCAGCCCCUCAUCGGGGUCGGGAAACUCAUGGCUGUCCCAAGAGAUGGACUCUGCAAGCCAAGAGAGACUGAAAUGGGUACAGAAGAAUUAUAUGAUUUACAAUUAUUGUACAGACACCAAAAGGUUUCCUCAAGGCCUUCCUACAGAAUGCAACUUGCCAUAGACAUAGGGAGCAACAAAACAACACUACACUCUUUCUAUUCUUUUGCCUUUUUUGUUGGUCUUACAUUUGAUUUUAUUGAUUUUUUUUUUCUUUUUGGGUUAUGUAAUGUUAUGUGUGUUUUGGUAUUAUUCUCUUGAACAAUACGAUAGUGCAUCUUAGGUAUACCAAUCUUUUUAUAUACCAUGUAUUUCACUAUAUAUAAUAAAGUUUUUUUAGUUAAUA